AUUAGAAUUAGCGAGUUAUUCGUAAGCCACACUUUAUUCCCGUUUAUUCCCUUUAUUCCCUUAUAUUUCUGAAAAGAUAUUUAAGCAUUCUAACUGUUUGCUUGUUCAUGCAUUCAAUAACGUCGAGGAAGGUCGUGUCAACAUGUCAGAUUCGUUGCUCUCCCCAAGCACCACGCCAGAUGGCUUAGAACCACGCUUUUCUCUCCCAAGCACGACUCCACGUUCUAGCAAAACUCCUCUAGUAAUAGGUGGCGUGACAAUCUAUAUCUAUGGAUUAGAGGAGAUAAAAAAUAAAUCCGGAGUGGACGUGGGUGUGCUUUAUCUAGCUCACAACCGAACAAGGACGUACUUGGUGACAGAGGGCAUUGCGCAUGAAAUAUUGCAUAGGUAUAGAAAUGAUGGAAGGAACAAAAAAAUCGAGAUGAUUGCCGUCACCAUGAAUAUGAGAAACCAUGGAGAUCGUGAAGUUAGUCGAGAAGCAAACUUGACUUGGUCAGGCGGCAAUGAAAAUCAUGCUAUGGAUUUGACAUCUAUGAUAUCCGGAGCGACCCAAGACUUCAAACUUGUUCUCGACUUUCUACCAGCCUACCUUCCACAAUAUACUCGAUUUCACAACAUCAUGCUUGGUGUAUCCCUGGGGGGCCAUACGACCUGGCGUAUGGCAUUAGCCGCGCGUGACCAAAUCGAGGCUUUCGGAAUGGUUGUCGGUUGUCCAAAUUUGACAUCUCUCCUCCUCGAGCGCCUAGGCAUUGACGCUGCAGUAUUUGGCGUAAAGGGAGAAGAAUUAGAAACAAUUGAUUACGAUCAACUAGAAAAGGUUAUGAACGAACAGCAGCGACGACGAUGGCCGCGAGCACUGGCUGAACUGAUCCGCGAGGACGAUAAGAGGAUACUUGAAGAAUUUCCCGCCAAUGUGCCACUGUUUAUGUGUAAUGGAGAGUACGACAAACUAGUUCCUUCACGGUAUACUUCAUCAUGGCUAGAAAGAAGAAAAGCUAUGCUGGAUGGAGGUAUGGCCUCGGAGGAAAGCAAAACCAGGCUAUUUAUACAAGAAAACACGGGGCACAGCUGUACCAAAGAAAUGGUAGCGAUGCUUGCCGACUGGCUGGGAGAUUUAUACAAACUGUAAAAUUGGGCGCGGAAUGGAUGAGU